CUCGCAGCCGCUAUCUUCCCCCCACCCCCACUAAAUAGAUAUUGAUUCUCUUCCUGGUACUCCAGUCAGUUUUACGAAUAUCUGUAGUUCUUUGACACCAGGUGCCCGUAUUCUGUCUGUAAAGUCAUAUAUUUCUAGCAUUGGUUGUAUAGAAUAGCGUAUUUAAACAUUAGAAAGCUUUGUAAAGAUUGUACAUACUGUAACUAUGCAUGUCUAUUUUAUCAGCAAAAUUUUUAUAUCACAAGAUGUCUUAACAAAGAUUUUUUUUUUGCAGAAGUUUGGCUUUUGUUAACUGCUUACCGAAGAAGAGGAUCUAGUAUUCUGACUGCAGAAAGACUUGUGUUCAUCAAUCAAUAUCUUCAAGAUUGCUGUGACUUGUCAAACUAUGAAAGCUUGUUAUACGGAAAACAAACUUCGUUAAUCGAAGGAAUUAAAAAUAUAUAUGGUGUACACAUGUAAUCUUAAACUGACAUUUGGCAAUCAUUUUCGAUGUGUAAUCAAUGUUCUUUCGGAUAUUUAAGUGAGAGUAGCCAAAUUGAAAUCAAGAAGAGAAGCAGAAAGUGUAUGGAAGAUAAGUCUUAAUAAUUUACACAGUCCCUUGUAUGUCUUCCUUUUCUCUUGCCCCUAAUGCUGUAAUGGUCUUAUUAUUAAUAUAUUUAUCAUUAAGAAAAGAAAAAAAAUAAGACCCUAUCCUAUCACAAGCUUUUACGGAAAUGAAAGGAUAUGUAUAUAAAAUAAAAGAGCCUAGCAAGUUAAAUACAUAAAUAGUAAACAUAUAUUUAUAAAUAGAAUCGAU